GGAAUGCCUUUCAUUCUCACAGAUAGACUUCUAUACAACAUCCGCACCGACGGUACCAGAAGUCUGUGUGUUCCACACAACAUGAUCAGCAAAAUACUAGAAGCUGUGCACGACGAGAAGCAUCACUUCGCAGAUGAGCGCAUGCUCUACGACCUGAGAGGUCUUUCUAUUCACAAGAAGACCUAUCACGUUAAAGAAUACGUC